GGUCUCCGAUGCGCGAGGCGGCCCAGGCGGGGUUUAAGAGCUAAUAAUAAUAAUUAGAAUAAUCGAGUGAUUGUGUUGUGAUUAUUAUUAUUAUAAUCAGGAGGUUUGGACCGGAGGCAGGAUGGCGGACACACCGACACCGCGCACUGAAGAGGGUUACGUUGGACAGAUUAAAGGAGGUCUGCGUCCCGCUAUGAGAAUCGUAGUAAUGGGGAUCAUUCACAAGAAGCCAAAAAGUAUGAUGGUGACGUUGUCGUGCCCACCUCGAGGAGAGGGUGACGAGGAGCAGGAGGGUGACGUGGGCUUGCAGAUGACAAUCAAGUUUAUGGAAAAAGCCGUGGUCCGCAAUUCCCGAGUCAGUGGAAAGUGGGGAACGUCAGAAGGCAUCAUUUCGUUCUUCCCUUUUGCUGCAGGAGAAUCUUUUAAAAUGGAGAUUGUGUGUGAGCACCAGCAGUUCCGGAUCCUGGUGGACGGUCAGCCGCUGUGUGGAUUCACACACAGAGUGACCCAGCUGGCUUCUCUCACGUCCCUGCGUGUGGGUGGAGACCUGCAGCUCACCAAGAUUGCAUGAAAAAAAAGUGGCCAUCCGAAAAAAACAAACACACACACACACACACACACACACAGGCACUUAUACGAUAAUUGCAAAUUAUUGUUUCACCAAGUUGGUCCAACAAAAUGUCCCUCCUUUAGUGACCUUUUAUCCUCUGUCCUGACACUCCGUCAGGGAAAAUACACAUGCAAUCUGAUACAGAAUGUCAUAUCUUCCAAAGCUCUCACAGACUUCUACCUGCUACAGCCUUGACAUUUACCUUUGGCUCUUUCGUAUUCCAACUGAAGUGCCUUGACAAGCGUGUGUAUACGAGUGUGUGUGCGUGUGUGUGUGUGUGUGUGUGUGUGUGUGUUGGGGCUACACUGUCUUCACACAGGCAGUAAAAAUACAACCUUAGAAAGCUCUCUAAGAGAUUUCUGAUUUAAUCUCUUAUAUGGUGCUAUAGAACAGGGUGGUGUGUGUGUCUAACACACACACACCUACAAUUCGCACUUUUAACACACACUCUGAUGUUCAUGUAUGCUGCAUUAAAGUUAAACCAUUUCUCUACUCUGACGAACACACAUGCCAUGAAAUCAACGUGUCUGAUUGUGAAAUAAAAAACAACCCAUGUCUCUUAAAAUCCCUUUGUCUGAAUUUGAUUCAGUUUGAAGUCAAUAAAAGUCUU